AAACUAAAAUAAAAUUAUAUUUUAGUUAUAAUUUUCAUUAAAUUUGUUUUAUUCUGAUUAAAUUAAAAGUAUGUAGACUGAACAACAUAUCCACAAAUAUUAAGCCGCUUAGACUAGGAUUUUGAUUUUUAUAACAGCGGAUCGAAGCGGGCUGACGCGUCAAAACCAAAAAAGAGUCCACUGCGGUUAGGGUUAAAAUCUAUGUGCGUACACUAACUGAUAGUCAAGGGCGGAAGCAGCUUAGAGUCAUAAGGGUGAUUUUUUUUUUUUUUUAUAACAACAGAAAAUUGACUCAAACAAGCCAAUUGGGAAUAAAAGAGUUAACAUAUGUAAUAACAUAAGGGUGAAUUUCAUAAUUUCAUAAGAUUGACUCAAAUCCUAAUUUCAUAAGAUUGACUCAAACCCUAAUUUCAUAAGGGUGAAUUGAUCCUGAAAUUUGUAAAAUUAGGUGAAAUAUGAAGAAAAAAAUUAAAUUGAUCCUUGUAAAAUAUCAAAAUUAACCCCUAUAAAAAAAUUUAAUAACACAGUUGACUCAUUAAAUUUUUCUUUUUGACCUGAUAAACUGAUUUUGCUAGCUCAUCACUUGGUGAUACCUAUCUGAUCUCUAUAUGUAUACAAAGAUUAUCCCACUCGUUGUUUCCUCUCCAGGGUUCCUAUCAAAUUAGGGUUUUUUUUUUCUAUUGCUGUUUAAUUUCAGAAGCUUUUUUUCAUAAUGUCUCUACUAAAACAACUUCCACCGCAACCCAAAUCCAAAAGGCAGAAGGGGUCGUCCUCGUCGUCGCUGCCUUGCUUUGAUGAUUUUGGCAAGAGUUUACAACAACUGAGCCACCAUUCUGCGAGUCUUAAAAAUCAUAUUACGACGCAACUUUUAAAAAUCAUCAAAAAAGACAAAAAAAGAAACAAACUCGCAUACGAUGAGAAGGAGGAGAAGGAGAAGGAGAGGAAGAAGAACAAGAAUAAGAAGAAGAAGAAGAAGAAGCUUCACCUAGUCCUUGACUUGGACCACACGCUUAUCCAGUCGAAGGUGGUUCGGAACCUUCCUAUGGAGGAGAAGUAUCUACUCGAAGAAGCUGAUUCAAGGCUUGAUCUAUGGAUAUGCAGCUACGACAGUUGCUGUGAAUUUAUGAUAAAGCUACGACCUUUUGUUCAUGAGUUUCUAUUAGAAGCCAACAAGCUUUUCACCAUGCACGUUUACACAAUGAGCAGUUCCAGUUACGCUAAGACAGUGUUGAAGUUGAUUGAUCCAGAUAAAGUAUACUUUGGAGACCGAGUCAUAACCAGAGAAGCAAGUCCUUACUAUAAGACACUUGAUCUUGUUAAGGCUGAUAAGCGUAGAGUGGUGAUUGUGGAUGAUACGGUUGAUGUUUGGCCUUAUCACCAGAGAAACUUGUUGCAGAUCACCAGAUACAAAUAUUUCAGAGACGCUGGUACAAUGUCGGAAUCAUACGCAGAAGCGAAGAAAGACGAGAGCCGACGCAAAGGAUCAUUGGCAUAUGUUUUGAAGUUCCUUAAACAUGUUCACAAAAGAUUCGAAGAGGAGUUAGAUUGUAAAGAUUUGAGGCCAUUGAUACCUGAUCCUUGCACACAAUGCUGCUUCUGACUUCUGA